GUACAAUGUAGCCGGCCUAAUCCCCCGCCCCCUCCUACACGCCUCGGCGCGCAUGCGCAAAGCCCCACCAAGUGUGGGCUCUCGGUAGGUUUCGGGAUUGCCCGGACAUUUUCGCCUCUUUGUUUUACUGAUAGUGGAUUUAACUCGGAUUGAACCCAAUAUCCUGCGGACUCUUCUGCUCUCGAACAGGUGUAUGAGGGGCGGUCCGUGAUGAAGAGUUAGCCCCUCCCCCUUUCUGGACACACGAGCUGAUUGGCUCCCCCUGCUCAGCUUACACAUGGCGGCCCUCGGGAACCCAGACAUGUUGACAAGGAAGAUCAAGCUGUGGGACAUCAACGCCCACAUCACCUGUCGUUUGUGUGAGGGCUACCUGAUAGACGCCACCACCGUAACGGAGUGCUUGCACACCUUCUGCAGGAGCUGUCUUGUCAAGUACCUAGAGGAGAACAACACUUGUCCCACAUGCAGGAUUGUUAUUCAUCAGAGCCACCCACUGCAGUAUAUUGGUCAUGAUCGGACCAUGCAGGAUAUUGUGUAUAAGCUGGUUCCAGGUCUUCAGGAAGCGGAGAUUAAGAAACAGAGAGAGUUCUAUCAGAAGCUGGGAAUGGAUGUCCCAGGGGAUCUUAAAGGAGAACACUGCAAUCUCAAACCUCACCUGGAGCCCCAACGCAACGGAGAAGUGAAGUCAGAGGACUCAGCCCAUAAGGACCAGGAGAAGCACGAGGAGGAUAGCGAUUAUCACCGGAGCGAUGAACAGGUGAGUAUCUGUCUGGAGUGUAAUAGUAGUAAGCUGCGUGGUCUGAAGAGGAAGUGGAUUCGCUGCUCAGCUCAGGCAACCGUCCUUCACCUCAAGAAGUUCAUCGCCAAAAAACUCAACCUGACGUCCUUCAACGAGCUGGAUAUUUUAUGCAACGAGGAGAUUCUGGGAAAGGACCACACGCUCAAGUUUGUGGUGGUGACCCGGUGGAGAUUUAAGAAGUCUCCGCUGCUUCUACAUUACAGACCCAAGAUGGACCUGCUGUAGGAACAAGAGUCAGAUCAUGUGUGAUGGAGUAUUUAUGCAGAGACGAUCAAUCCAACACACACACACACACACACACACACACACACUUUCGUGUGCACACACACACACACACACACACACACACACACACACACACAGCCUCAGGAACAGCCUAUGCCGUCCUGCGGCCUCUGUGAAGCGAGGAGAGCUGGAGGAAGAUUAUAAACGUUAUAAACUUUAUAUUUAUACUUUUGUACAGAAUAGAGACAUGGACCCAGAACCAACCCGGUGCUCUGUUUACAACCUAACUCACCAACAAACAAGCGACCAACACAACAACAGCAACACUGUCAGCUGUUUUUAAACCAACAGACCUCUCUACCCUUUCUAACUGAGAAGACUACAGAAGGACAGAUUUGGGCCCGUCAGCCCCGGCCACACACACACACACACACACACACUCUCUAAGGACUUUUAUUAUGGACUGUUUGUUUAUCAUUUGUUUGUUUGUUUACGUUGGUAUAUUGUCUCUGAGCUUCUGUCCCUUGCUUUGCUUUUGUCUUCUUUUCCACGGUGGACUGUGAAUAAGCAGAAAAGUGUGUAGUAAUUUAUGUUCUAUAUAGAAUUCUGUACAUAAAAGUAAUUAUUAGAGAGAAGCAGGAGAGAGACGCAUGAGAAUGGAAGAGAGAGAGAGGAAGACUACAGACUGUUUAGAAGGGUUCCUUAAGUGCUGUUUGGGGUUAGCAGUGUGUAGCCGUUUCAUGAAGCUACAGAUAACUGAGGAAGAGAGCACAAACACACACACACACACACACACACACACACUGCGAGCUACAGCAGAUCAGAUUGAAAACGUCUCUGCUAGCAGUAACUGAUGAACGUACCUGCUAUCUACGAGAGCAUUAACUCAAAAGUAAUCACCUAGCAUUAGCAUCGAGAGUUCGCAGGCAGUAGGCUGACUCUUUAACCCUGUUGGGAUCAUUUAGCAUUAGCCUGCAAGCAGUAAUUCAGUGUUAACAGAGGGGGUGAGCCUUUUGUGUUAACAGCUUUUCAACAGUCGUAGAACUCAUGCAGGUUUAGCAUGCAUAACAGCAGAGGUAUAUGGGGCUAGUCUGCGACUUAGCAUUCAUGCAGGGUUAGCAUGCAUUAGCAGCAGAGGUAUAUGGGGCUAGCCUGCGACUUAGCAUUCAUGCAGGUUUAGCAUGCAUUAGCAGCUGAGGUCUGUAGGGCUAGCCUGAGACUUAGCAUUAGCCUGCUGGAUGUGACAGCACUGGCUCUCAUCUGCCCCAUUCCCUACUGACGCCAUCUGUCCACUAGAGGACGCUAUUUCUGCUACUAAUGCCAGACCCAAAGGCCUCGUCAGCUACAGCUCUUUAAUCUAGGUUUCCCCACAGAUCAUACAGACACCUGUACUGGUCACAGAGACACCUGUACUGGUCACAGAGAUACCUGUACUGGUCAUUCACACAAAGUGGCGCGCACAUAGGCACGGACACACACACACACUCUUGGCACAUGGACACAAAGACAAACACAUACACACACAAAUGCGCACACACCUGCCUAUGAGAGACUUACCGAAAGCGUUACAUAGCCAGCGAAUUUUUUUAAACUUUAACAAUGUUUUUAAUUGUUUUCUUUUAUUUUCAUGGAUAAAAAACAUUUGUGUAAAUAUUAAUAAGUACUUAAAACACUUACAUUCUUAAUCAGAUCUACAGAAUCUCCCAUACGGCUUUGUGUUAUCAGAAGUGACACAUGGCCUUUGACAACCCUGAUGGCCAAUCACAUGUCAGUACACUGGUCUCGGGUUGGAGAAUGUAGAUGAUUUUAUACAGACCACCAGCUCUGGGCUCUUACCAGCUGCCUACCAGAUGACCUGCAAACUAACCAGCUCCACCAAAACACACACACACACACACACACAGCAUUUGUAGACCAUCCAACAAUCUGUUUUUUUUUUUGUGUGUUUCUUUGUUUAUACUAAUAUAUAAUGAUAAUGAUUUCUGUGUUUGAUAUCUCUGACCACACUGUUAGACGUACCAGGAAUUAUGUUGACCUGUGUCCAUUUAGUUUUACUGUCUGUUUAAGGUGACAUGCUGGACACACACACACACUCAUACACGUGAGCCUAUGUUCCCUGUGGGUGUGAUGUCAUUUGUUUGUUCUGUUUCUAAGGUGUUUAAGGGUGUGUGUCAGUUCUGAUCCCUGGUGCUUCUCGCACUUCGAGACUAUCGUGGUGCUAAAGGGUUCUACAGCUGUGUUAGAACACAACAUAGCGGUUCUAUAAUAACAUUCAAAAGUCCGCUUCCUACAGCCAUGCUAUUGUAUCUAUGAGCUUGACAUUUCAGUAUCUGUUAACGCACACACACACACACAUACAGACACAAACACACAGACACAAACACACAGACACCCACAGAUUCAUCUCUGAUAAACAGAAAAAAAAGAAACAAGUCAUUAGUGGCAUUCUCAGUACGCAUUGCAACUGUGUGUGUGUGUGUUUGUGCUUGUGUGUGUCAGGUGCUAUAAAAUUGCCCACCAUGAGAGGGCGACAUCUUA